AUGGAGUUGAGUGGCUGGAAUCACAGCAGCACCGCAGGCGAUUUCAUCGUUCUUGGCUUUUCUAACCUGCCAGAGUAUGAGCUCUAUCUCUUUUGGAUAUUUUUGGCUAUGCAUGUGAUCACUUUGCUGGGACACUUGGCCAUUGUGGUGGUGACUCUGGUUGACCCCACCCUCCACACGCCCAUGUACUUCUUUCUGCGCAACCUCUCUUGCAUCGAGGUCUGCUACACCCUGGUCAUUGUGCCUAAGAUGUUGGCUAACUUCUUGGCUAAGAGCCGGAAAGUUUCAUUGCCUGAAUGCGCAGCACAGAUGUAUUUCUUCAUUGCUUUGGGCACCACAGAGUGUUUCUUGCUGGCUGUGAUGGCCUAUGACAGAUAUGUGGCUAUAUGCAACCCACUGCGCUACACCCUUAUCAUGAGUCGGGCGCUAUGUUUCCAACUACUGGCCAGCGUGUCUGCCACUGGCUUCAUUCUCUCACUGGGCCUCACAGCACUGAUAUUCGGGCAACCCUUCUGUGGUUCACAUGAAAUCAACCACUUCUUCUGUGACAUCCCGCCUGUGUUGUUCCUAGCCUGUAGCAACACACACACUGACGAGGUGUUGGUCUUUGUUGCCUGUUUGUUGGCACUUCUGGUCCCCUUCCUGCUGAUCCUGACUUCUUAUGUGUUCAUUGCCAACUCCAUCCUGAGAAUCAAAUGUGCCCAUGGCAGGCAAAAGGCCGUCUCCACAUGUGUUGCCCACCUGAUUGUGGCCAUCCUCCACUAUGGCUGUGCUAUUUUCAUCUACAUCCGGCCAAAGGCCAGCUACUCUUUGGAGCAGGACAAAGUGGUCUCCUUGAUCUAUACCAAUGUCACUCCCAUGCUAUACCCAAUGAUCUACAGCCUCAGGAACAAGGAGGUCAAGGGAGCCCUGAGGAGAGUCAUGGAGAAAAAGGUCUCUUUCCACAUGGACUUUUGA